GGAGGCGCGGUGCGGCGCAUGCGCAGAGACCGACGCACAGCAGCGGCGUGAUGAUCCCUGAACGCGUUUGAUAUCAAUACUGACGCAUUUCCAAACGAAAUCUUAAGAUUUAUCAGCAUGAAAUUAACGCGUAAACUCGUUCUAGCUCGGGCGAAAGCAUCGGACCUGGAAAGCGUGAAGAAGCUGAACUGCUGGGGCUGCAAUCUGACAGAUAUCUCUAUAUUUGCGGAGAUUCCUAAUAUUGAGGUUCUCACACUGAGUGCGAAUCAGAUCUCGUCUCUGGAGCACAUCUCGUCGUGUCAGCAUCUCAGCGAGCUCUAUCUGAGACGGAAUAAGAUCCCGAGUCUGUCGGAGCUGAAGCAUCUGCAGCAGCUGAGGGCUCUGAAGGUGCUGUGGCUCGCCGAGAACCCGUGCUGUGAUGCUGACCCGCACAAAUACCGCAUGACCGUCAUCAGAACCCUGCCCGGCCUGCACAAACUCGACAACCAGGUGGUUACAGAGGAGGAGCUUACACACGCACUGAAAGAAGGGGAGGAGCUUGUUUCCCCUCCAGGCCCCGCCCCCACCAGCUCAACCAAUGGCCUGACAGAAGCGGACUCUGAGACGGAUCCUCUGAACUACAGCAUGGAGGAAACCAACAAGAUUCGAGCUCAGCUGGGAAUGAAGCUGCUGCCCAGAGACAAGUUUCCAUCGCUGUCAUCCCCGCGAGAGACCGGAGACGCGCCGAGGAGGAAGAGUCACACGCUGGAGGCCGUUCUCCUGCUGCUGAAGGAUCUGGACGUCGAGGAGCUAAAAAUCAUUCAGUCGGUCACCGAGAGCAAACUCAGAUCACGCAGUCGACGGAGAGAGCGAGAGAAAUCUCCCAUCUGCUCGUGAACAUCAGCGGAAAACACUGACGACACGCUUAAACCAGCAGCCAGCGCUCCGUCUCAGAUAUUAACAUUAACACACAUCACCGCGGUCCUCAGAUCAGGACAAAACCAGUGAAUCUGUCACGUUCACAUCUAAACGCCUCACUCGUGAUCGUUACCAAGUUGCCUUUCCCUGUUCAAAUUAAGACGUUCUCCUGUUUCGGAGGAAGUGUUUUGCUUUGUAAUGAUCUCAAUGAAGUGCGACGAUGUUCUGUUGGGUUCAGAUAAUAUAUAAGAAUGUAUUUUUCUAUGUAAAUAAACUCAGAUGCAUAAGAAUA